GUUUGAAAUUAUUGGAAAUAAGGAAGAAAUUCACUCACCAGCAGCUUUUCCUUAACCCUCCUCUGACAGUUGCUUUCGAACAAUGAUUGGCUCUAUACGUGUGCAAGUAAAGAGACCUGAAACGGUCCCUAAUAAUCUCUAUCUAAUCUCAUUUGUGAUACGAAAAUUCGCGGCUGUACGUUCACUCGUUAUUUAUUUCUCUUUUGAUUAGAUUUUUCUUGUAAUUAUUGUUAUGUUGAUAGUAAUUAUCUUUGUCAUUCUUUAAUUUUAUUGCACCCUAUUCAUUUUACGGGUGUUUUGAACAAAUGAUAUAAAUUGUUUAAAUGAUAUUUACAAAAUUACAUUGAAUUUUGCUAAGAAUAAAACGUCAGGAAAACAUAUUUUUCAAAAUCUUAAAUUAAUAUACAAAUUAUUGAGGGCGAUCCAAAAGCCUAACCGAGCCCGGGCUAAAUUAACCAACCAGCCAUAUUUAUUGGAGGAUUAAAUAAGCCCAGUUCAGGCUAAUUUAGCCUGGGCUAGGUUAGGCUUUCAGAUCGCCCUCAUAAACUCUAACAUAAUGUAACUUAUUAUUAUUUAUUCUUCUCGGUCAAUACAAAAUUUUGAAUUGGGAAAAAAAGAGAAGAAAGGGUUUAAAACUAGCAGAUGUCUGCUAAAACGCCCGACAUCAAAAGAGACACGGCCGCCGCGGUAAACCCACACUAUCGAAAAAAAAGGACUUGACCAGCUAUUGAAGAUUAAAACUUAUUUCAAUCCUAUUUUCUACUGCCUGCAAACGAAUGACUACAAUUACUAGAAGAUGGACCUAUUACCCGCGGGGGACCUCUGCUGUUGUGUCCUGAGGAGGGCUUUACGCGCGCACAUGAGCCUUGAUGCUGGAUUGGGGUUUAUUGAGGCUUGAUGAGAAAGAGAUUUAACUUACUUCUACCAAAUAAUUGUGUUAUUUUGCACAGUUAUCGCAAUACACGUCUGCUCUCUCUCGCGUCAACACAAAGAUAAGCUCUUUUAUUACAUAUUGCUCAAAAUGUCACCCAAACCCUGUCUGGCUCGGCAACUCGACUCCACAUUGUACUUGCAGCACCAUCGGUGGCUGAGGUGUUAAUUACUAACUAAACCUAACUAAACCAUAAUUAUUCUCCUGACAAUUUUUUGAAAAGAUGUAACAGUUAUAAAAUUAAUAAGAAUUUAUAAAAUAUGUUUUCUGAAACUAAAGAAAAAGUUUGUUUAAGUGGUUUGAGAGACGGAAAGAGAAAAAUAAAUGUGAUUCAGUAAAAAAGAAUUAUUGCACACAAUUAUUGCAAAAAGAGUUAAAUAGUAUAGAUUGUUUCUCCUCUUCAAAAUUAUUUUAUUAAACUGUUCCAUUUUCUCUUGACUGCAACAGUGCAAAAAAAUAUUACUAUGUAUAGACCCUAUAUUUUUUAUGAAAAUAAUAAUGUCAGCAUCAGCAACUAUUGGCAUUAUAUCAAUUCAUAAUACAUUGUUGAAUUUGAAUCAUCAAUCAAUUGUUGGAAAAUUCUGAACGCUCUCGUCAGUCAUGGAAGCUGGAGUUCGUUUUCCAAAUUACAGGGAUGAAGAGAACUUAGCGGUGGACGUGGCAAUCCGGUGGCUGUACCUGAGCAAGAAGUUUAAGUCGCCGGUGGCGGAGAACAUGGUGGAGUGGCGGCGCGCGACCUGUCAGGAUCGAAGGUCGGUCAAGUUUUGCGAGUUGGCAGAGUUCAGGGCAAGAGAGGCGGCGAUAGCGGAGGCCCAGCGGCGCCGCACGGAGCAGCGCCUUGGCCACGUGUACCUGCAGAAGAGGCGGCUGAGGCGCCAGGUGGAGGCGGCCAGGCAGCAAAUCAGGGCCGACCUGCAGAUCCUACACGCCAGGGCGCUGCAGCAAAAGGAGGCGCGCGACGCAGCCGUCCGCAAAGUGAGACUUAAGUUCCGACAGGCCGAGUGCCUGCCCACGGACAGGGCGCAUUUCGCCAACUUCCCCUUCGCCAGGUCGCGCCGACCUUGUCCGCUGCCAGGUAUUCGGGUCCAGGAUGAAAAGUUCCAGGAGAUGUUCAAGUGUGCCCUCAAUUUUCACUAUGGAGAGGGCGGCGACGAAGACAAGUCGAGGGCUGAAGCGGAGAUGGGUCUGACUCUGCGGCAUCGUGACCUGAACGUGACUAAAAUCGACCUGUCCAUACCUGCCGCGUUCGCCGAACCUGAGGAAAAGUCUGAGGGCAGAAUGGAUGAAAAAGAGGAAAAAUCAGGGCAUUUUGAAAGGGAAAAGGUUGAUUUCUUAGCCUGGAGCAGACUGGAGGAUCUGAAGCCGGCCAGGGUGGAGGAGGCUUCAGGGUCAAAGGUCUUGGAGGCCUUUGACGUCUUCCACGUGAUGGAUGCGUGGCUCAAGAAGCACCUGAGCUCAUCGGUGGCUAAACCUGAGGAGCGGCAACACCUGCUGGAGGUCAGGGCGGCAGGCGAGGCUACCUUCGGAGGCGAAAGGUCGCCCCCGGAGGUGAUUUGCGACCCAAUGGUGGUGCGGGUCAUGGAGUGGAAGCAGCAGGCGGUGGAGGAGGGGCAGCGGAGGCUGGUGGAGGCCGUAAAGCGGCUCGAAGACAAGUACCGUGUCUUCUGCUGGACGAGCAAUCUGAGGGAGGCGCGUGGAUCUGUGACCUUUCAGGUCGAGAUUAUCGCCCUAGUGCUACUCAACCCUGGCCUUUGCAGGGAGCAGGUGGAGGAGGAUGCCGAUGAGUUCCUUGACACGUGGCUGCCCCUCCAAAAAGAGGGCACCGAUGAUCUCGAAAAGGUCCUUCUGGCAGAGUUGGAGACCAAGGGCGCCGCCCUGAUCAAGAAUAGAUACCAACUGCUGGGCAGCUGGGCCACCAUACGUCGAAUGACCGCCGCCCUCCACAGGUCCAUCCACACCAAGGACCAGAGAUUCGGCUUCCACAAACAGAUGACCACUUUCUUUACGGACUCGCAAUAAAAACAUUUAAAUGGUCUUCACACGAUUUAUUUUAAUUAUUAGAAGUCUUUCAAUCCUCGACUAAUUUGUGGAGCUUUCAAAUAAUCCUGCGGUAGUAAUAUACCGCAGGACUGUUUGCUGCAAAAAUUAACCGCAAGUCUGCAUGUGGUAAUAGUUUACCGCAGGACGAAAUUUUCAAAAUCAUCGACUAAUUUGGCAGUGCUUUGUUUUUAUACCCUGCGGUAAAAAUUUACCGCAGGACUGCGUUUAAGCCUGGCGGUAAAUGUGGCUAAUCCUGCGGUAAAAAUUUACCGCAGGACUGAAGGACUAAAUUUUCAAAAACCUCGACUAUUUAGCAGAAAAUUGAUUUUGUCCUGCGGUAAAAAAUUACCGCAGGACUGUGGUUAAUCCUGCGGUAAAAAGGCACCGCAGGACUGAAGUAGUAAAUUUUCAAAAUCCUCGACCAUUUAGCAGAGCAUUGAUUUUGUCCUGCGGUAAAAAAGCACCGCAGGACUGUGGUUAAUCCUGCGGUAAAAAGGCACCGCAGGACUGAAGUUGUAAGCUUUCAAAAUCCUCGACUAUUUAGCCGAGCAUUGAUUUUUGAUACAUUUUCAAAAAAAUGGACUAUAUCGCAGUGCUUUGAUUUUGUCCUCAGAAGGUAAAAAAGUACCGCAGGACUUCGGUUAAUCCUGCGGUAAAAAAAAAGCACCGCAGGACUGUGGUUAUAUAAUAUCUUGUAAACUAAUGAAAUUUUUCUGACUUAAUCUGACUAUAUACCUAAAAGGUAAAAUGUUAAGUUUUUCUCCGAUUUAAAAUCUUCAGCGGUGAUUAUGUAGUGAAUAAUUAUGUUUGGAGCUGAGCGCUACAUGCUUUCAGGUUUUUUCAUCAAUACUUCAAAACCAGUUUUCAAUGAGUAACAUUAUUGGCUGCAUAGAAACAUUAAACCAAGUAGGGCGAAUGAAAAGUAAAUGCUUAAAAUGGAAACAGUCUAUUUGGAAUAAAAAAUAAUAAUUAAUUACUUUAAUUUUUUCUAAUACCCCUUCAUUUAAAAGGAUUAAAUUAAAAAAAAAUAAUGCAUGUAAACUUUAUUCUUUCUAUUGCUUUUCAUUACAAUUAAGGAACUAGCUAGUUUUUGGUGGCUAC